UCUUCUCCCUGUGCUCACCACCUUAUGGUCAGUGGGUUGAUGUUAGGCUGGAGGUUCCUAGGCAAUAAAGUAAGGUGCAUCUUUUAGAUGUCGGCCCAUGAGCAAUUCAGCUGGCUAGAAUCCAUUAGUGAGAGUGGAAGCUCAGUUUUGCAGCGGGGCUAAAUUCAAUCGGGAUUCUUCAACAUCUCUUGAUUGCUUGCUGCACCUUCCUAUUAGCUUGUGGAUGAAGAGGGGAUCUGGUGAUAUGGAUGAUCCCAUUGUCAGAAGUGAGUUUUCUGAAGUGCCCAUUCCCAAUCGUGGACCAUUGUGCAAAAUGAUUUCAUCAGGGAAGCCGUGUGCACAGAAGAUGGUCUGCAGCACCUGGAUCACUGACUCAGCUGUAGUGGUGUGGAGUCUGACCACUUCCAGCCAUCUAGAGUGAUAUUUUGCAGCAAUGAGGUUUGGGAAUCAGCAGGGCACACAGCUACCAAUAUGGAAGUGCUGAAAGAAUCUGAGAUUUUAAUUGAUGAACAGUCCGCAUCGUCUGGCAUGCCUGGGCCCAGCCAACUUCCCUUGGGAAUCCCAGGGGGUCAUGCUUUUUGGUGCAUGACGUGUGGGAAGGGGUUCAGGUGGCGCUGUCUUCUGGAUGUUCACCUACGGGUCCAUACAGGGGAGAAACCUUUUGAGUGCCUCCUGUGCAUGAAGCGCUUCAGCAAGUCCAACGAGUUACGGGUUCAUCAGCGCAUCCACACUGGUGAGAAGCCUUUUGAGUGCAUUGUGUGCCAGAAGCGUUUUUACCGUUCCAGCCAUCUAAACAGGCACCAGCAGUUCCACACAGGGGAGAAGAAGUUUGAAUGCCAAGUCUGCACAAAGCGCUUUUUCACCUCCAGCCACCUGACCCGGCACCAGCGCAUCCACACUGGCGAAAAGCCCUUUGAGUGCCCUGAGUGUGGCAAGCGGUUCAACAGCCCCAGUGAAUUAACGGUGCACCAGCGGGUUCACACAGGUGAGAAGCCGUACGAGUGUGUAGACUGCAAGAAACGUUUCAACCGACCCGGUGAUCUGACUGUGCACCGGCGGAUCCAUACUGGCGAGAAGCGGCUGGAGUGCCCUGAGUGCAAGAAGCAGUUUAGUCGGCCCAGUGAGUUGGUUGUCCACCAGCGGGUUCACACUGGGGAGAAGCCCUUCGAGUGUGCAGUGUGCAAGAAACGCUUUUACACAUCCAGUCACUUGAUUCAGCACCAGGGAAUCCACACUGGUGAGAAACCCUUUGAAUGUCCCCUGUGCAAGAAGCGUUUUUACAGAUCCAGUAACCUGACGAGGCACCAGCGAGGAGAAGGACAUGAUGAGAAAGGUCUGCUGGAUGGGACAUGUGCAAACAAGACAAAGAGAAGAGCCAGGAAAGAAAAAGUGAAAGAAAGCGAAUCCUCUGAGGCGCCAAUGCCCACCCCUAGCCAGUGUGUAUCCGGUGUCAAGGAGGGGAAAGGGUUCCGUUGUACUGUGUGUGGGAAGAGAUUUCGCUGGCCCAGUCUCCUGGAUACACACCUGCGUGUUCACACUGGAGAGAAACCAUUUGAAUGCACCUUCUGCACAAAGCGUUUCUGCACCUCCAAUGGGCUGCGGAUGCAUCAGCGAACUCACAAUGAGUAGGGGGCAGCUGGUCGAACUCACAAUGAGUAGGGGGCAGCUGGUCGAACUCAGAGUAGGGGGCAGCUGGUCGAACUCAGAGUAGGGGGCAGCUGGUCGAACUCAAUGAGUAGGGGGCAGCUGGUUGAACCCACAAUGAGUAGGGGGCAGCUGGUCGAACCCACAAUGAGUAGGGGGCAGCUGGUCGAACAGCAUUUCGACCAUGAAUUGAUGCCACUGACCGCUGAUGCUCCUUGAAUGCAGUUGUACCAUUUGUGGUACAGAAUUGAAUAUUGCUGGAAAAAGAGAGACGCUGUUGAAGCUGUUCUUGUAAUCAUCAGGACAGAUGCAAGAAUGCCCAAUUUCAAAGGGAACAGCAAUUUAUACUGCAUGAGAAAAGGGAUGCUAAUUUGUUGACAAGUCGGCUCUGAUUGGUCGAGACAUUGUCAUGGUGAAUUCACCAGGGAGCUGUUGUCCCCCAUGCUUUAGUUUAUUCAAAUAAGAUGCACUGUCUGGACAUAUUCCUUUUGCCUGUAGAAGACAACCCUGUGUAUGAAUAUAUUUAGUGUCUAGCAAACAAGCUACAUUGAAAUCCAAACUGAAUUUUAAA